GCACCAUGGUUCAAAGUAUACACUCCUCAAGAAGGCUCCUUCUUCGCCAUUAUUGCGAGAAUGUAGGAUUUCCUUUGCAUCCUCUCUCGCUACUGUCGCGUUCAUUUCGAGUCAAAGUCUAUUUUCUCCUUCAUUACUGCCGAAAGCCGCGUCGCCUGCUGAUUCAAGACGCUCUCUGGCCGCGUGGACUGAUUCCAAGACCGACCUGAACAAGACCUCUUCAGCCGCUUGGUCACCUCGGACAAGAUUCUGCAUCACAAAGGACUACCUUUGAGCGACAUUGUUCCUGGAAACAACAAACCAUGAUCUGCUCUUGGCUAUUCCAGGUAGCCAUCCUAGCAUUUGCAGCUCUCUGUCAAGCAGGAGCACUACCAGCAUCGAUCCCGGAGGACCGGAGUACAAAGAACGAUGUGCCCCAGAUACGGGUGGUACCCCAAGUGAACACAAUCGAGAACGAACAAUCGCGAAUCCCGGCCAUCGACCAACACGAUUCUGUUCAAUAUGAGGACUUGGUACCAUCAGAACCUAUGGUGACUUCUCUGCCCGUUCUUGAGCUCGAUGAUGUCGUACACCGGCCCAUCGUUCAUGUCACGAGCUUCAGCACAGAAGUACGAAAGCGAGAGGCAGCGCCUACAAAUGCAGCAGCCUUGAAUUCAUGAUGGUCUGGGCGCUACUCCAACGAUGUUUACAACAUGAGUAAUAUUUUGCCACCGCGGUCAUGGGUUUCCCCCUGCCGCAAUGCAACGUCGCGCUCACCUCGCACACUGUGCAUGCAAUUUGUCAUGACACCUUGCUCGAUCAUCAAGACCUUUAGAUGACCCCGUACCGCAGCGAUUGGAGCUGUAAGGAUACGAGUGGAAGGGCUUGCGGGGUCCCGAAUUCACUCCUCAAGGCCGGGAAGAAGGGUUCACGAAGACACGAACGAUAUGAAGCGAAGAAGGAGAAUGCUCGUUCCGGGAGAGGCUAUGAAACGAAGCGGAGAGGCAAUGAAGACCCACAUGCAAUGUCAGAAACACUGUCGAUGGGUCAACGGAGUCAAUGCCUUGAGAGCAAAUGCGCAACAACGAAUGGAACAGUAUCAGUGACAUUUACGAUCCAAGAUACCGCGUCAUCCCGAGCACACUCUGCAUCAGAAAGGGCUGUGUGUGUCUGUGGUGGGAGAGAUAUUUCGGACGACGAGCACUGUCUACGAUCCGCUCGCCCCAGAUCAGGAAACUAUGUCAGGUCACGAAUUCUAGAAUGCCCCUCCAAUGAAUUGGAAAGAAAAAGACAUCGACCUGAAUCUGCCAAAACUUCUGUGAUCAUGAACACCUGUUCGCAUCGAGAAUUGCUCUAUGUGCCAGGCGAAACAAUGUCUGAGGUCGCGAUCACUCCCAUAGCCUGUAAGUAGAAGACGAGCUACUACUAAUCGAAGCGCUCGG